AUGAACAAGAUAUCAGAAGGUGCCCGUGAAUGGGAGACAUUCAAAUAUGAUUCUUUCCACAUUCCCAACGCUGUGUUCAACAGUCCCGACCGACCGAUCCCCUUCUCAUCCAUCUCGUCGUCUCCGGAUACAGGCCUCACUUCCUUUGCGCAGCUAGGUGCCUUGCGACUAAACGCAUCGCGUGCCUUGAUCUCGCUAUUCGAUCGUCAGCAUCAAUACAUCGUCGCCGAGGCUACUCAGUCAAUGCCCCUGGCGCCGAAUACUAAGUACACGAGGCAAAACCAUCUUUGGCUCUGCGGGACAGCUAUCCCUCGCGACUUUGGAAUUUGCGAGCAUGUUUUGAUAGGAGCGACUCACGCGGCUUCCAACAGCCUACACCCGACAGCGCACACCACUGAUGAGGACGAACUUCCCGUGUCUGUAGUCCCGGAUCUUGCUACUGACCGACGAUUCUGUAAUCGACCUUACAUCGACGCAGCGCCGUACAACCGCUUUUAUGCGGGCGUUCCCAUCCGGUCUCCCAAAGGUAUCAACAUUGGCGUGUACUGCAUCUUUUCCGACAAGCCCAGGAAUGGUCUCGACACCGAGGAGUUACAGUUCAUGCGCGAGAUUUCUCAGACAGUCAUGGAAUAUCUCGACGCUAGAAGAGUAAAUGAAAGCUACCGCCGAAGCGAGCGCAUGGUGCAAGGAUUGGGAAACUUCAUCGAAGGUAGAGACGACCCAGUGCCGACUACAAGAACUACGCCUCGAGCAUCUUUGAACGGAUUUGAGCUUCCUAGGCUGGCGGUAUCACUGCCCGAUGCAGAUCCGCCGUCACCUAGAUCUUCCGAAUCCCCUGAGCCCGUCCGCCCGGGCAUCAACCCUAUCAAAGCAGACUCAAGUGAUUCAUCAGCCAAGGUCGAAUCGAGCGACUCCGUCGAGACGACGGCCACAACUGCGACGGUCGCCACCACUACCUCAAGCACGGCGCCGCCCGACCCGCAUUUGACAGAGACCAUCAAGAUCUUUUCCAGGGCCGCAAAUGUGAUCAGGAAAUCCCUCGAGGUGGACGGCGCCUUAUUCCUGGAUGCGAGCAUCGGCUCUUUUGGAGGCCUUGUGACCGGUCCACGGAGGGCUAGUGAAGUAGCAGACCACACAUUUUCUAGCAGCGAGGAUAGUCUGUCCGAGAAGUCCGAAGACGUCAACGACAAAUGGUGUAAGAGCUUUGGAAGGUCGUCGACGAUGGACGACAUUGUCAAUGGCGUCAGUGCACCACAGCUCGGCCGUUUGACUUUGCGCGAAAAGUUCCUCAGGAAAUUGCUCCGUCGAUACCCCAACGGCAAGGUUUUCAGCUUCGAUGAGAUGGGCCAAUGGUUGUCCGCCGACUACGAAAGCGAUGAUGCCGAUAUCACCCCUACGGAAGAACACGAUCUCCCGGUUACGCGCCCUGAGCAAAAAGCAGCACAUUCGUACUUUACGAGGCGGAACGAGGCCAAGACCAUCAUCGACAUCUUCCCGGGUGCGAGGAGCGUAGCUGUAGUACCGCUAUGGGAUCCUUCAAAAGAACGAUGCUUUGCCGGAGGCUUUGUGUGGAGCAAGAGCGCGGCUCGGAUAUUGACGCCUGCGGCGGACCUGCCUUUCUUGCGAGCAUUCGGUAUGGUCACCAUGUCUGAGGUCAUUAGGCUGGAUGCAGUUCUGGCAGAGAAGGCAAAGACAGACAUUUUGGGCUCCCUCAGCCACGAGCUUCGGUCGCCGCUCCAUGGUGUAGUCGCCGCUGCAGAACUUCUUCACGAUACCCAGCUGGAUGCUUUCCAGGUCGACGUAAUCCACACCAUUGAGAUUUCGGGCAAAACUCUUCUCGACACAAUUGACCAUUUGCUUGACUAUAGCAAAGUCAACACGUACCUCCGAGCUUCAAAGUCCCAGCGGAAGAAUAAUGGCCCAGGUCGUGGGCUGCGACAAGAAGCAUCGGCAUCGAUCGAAUCUGGUAUGAUGAGCUUGGUUUCUGACGUUCACCUCGACUUGCUCGUAGAGGAGGUCAUUGAGAGUGUAUUCAUCGGCUACAGCUUCCAUCACAUGGUUGCCAACUCUCUGGCACGUCACGGUGCGUCUUCAGGCCCUCCAACACCGGCCCAAGAGAAGCUGGAUGCCAUUGCGACAUCCGAUGGGCUGGGCCACAGGCGGAAACCCUCAGACGCGCCGGCUGCAGCUAUGAAGGAUGUCAAGAUUCUUGUCGACAUCGACCCGAACUGCGCGUGGGUAGUCCACACAAAUCCGGGCGCCAUUCGUCGGAUAGUCAUGAAUCUGUUCGGAAACGCCCUCAAGUACACAUCCAAGGGAUUCAUCAAAGUCCACCUUAGGCAAGAGGAGGUCGUACAUAAGACAUCCCGGUCGGCAUCGAUGGUGGUGCUCACCGUCACUGACUCAGGCAAAGGGAUUACCGAAGAGUUCUUGCACAACAAGCUCUUUACUCCGUUCUCCCAGGAAGACGCACUCGCACCGGGCACUGGUUUGGGUCUCAGCCUUGUCAGACAGAUUGUGGCAGGCCUCGGUGGCACAAUCAGUGUGGAGAGUCAGGUCGGCCAUGGAACGAGCAUCACGGUAUCGAUGCCACUGGUGCUGUCUCGCAAAGCGAGCAGUAGGGGACGCAAGUUUUCGGCCGACCUGAAUGCACUGGCCGGAACGCGACUCUCGGUGUGUGGGUUCAGCAGAGGACUUGAAGAUUCGGAAGAGCUUCGCGCCGGAGGGCUAGAUCUUCCCGUGGAAAGCUUGCCAUUCAAGUGGAUGGAUCUCAAGCUCAACGAGGACAGCCGAAAUGCAUCCAAGACGGAUUUGAUGGUUUGCAGUGAGGAGGCUUUUAGACGUCUCGGUCUGUCUGAGACUGGAGGUGUUGAUACCCCGCUCGUCGUAGUCUGUGGCAAUGCCGAAUCUGCCCAGAAGCUGGCGACUUCCUACAGACGCUCCCUUCGACACGACGCUGUCAUGGAGUUCAUCGCCCAGCCAACUGGCCCCAGAAAGGUUGCAAAGGCUUUGGCUUGUGCACUUGAUCGCUGGAAGCAAAGGCAGCCCACGAAGACGAUACCCGUCAGUCCACUGUCGGAUGCCUUCCCAGGGCCUGCUCCAUCACCACGGGCACUCAAGUCGGACGCUCUGUCGACGAGACCGCGAGCGCAAUCCGAAUCAGUCAAAAUGGUACGGGUGGCCUCGCCAGCUACCGAGAUCGUAUCUCAGUCACCGGGAGACAGCUGGAUUGCCAACACCAGUGAUUCCAACUUUACUCUGACGCUCCCCUUCCGCCCAGCUGCGUCAGCAGCGGCGCCGGCUACCUCGACAGCUUCAGCUAGGGGCAACAUGAACUCGAGCGUCAGCCCGUCUCCUGGAACCGUUAAGUCACCGCUAGAGUUUCUUUUGGUGGACGAUAAUCCGAUCAAUCUCAAGAUUCUAUCGGCAUAUAUGAAGAGGCUGCAAAAACGGCACGCCACUGCUUCAAACGGCCUUGAGGCCCUGCAGACUUACACGUCUAACCCGCAGAGGUUUUGCUGUAUUCUCAUAGACAUAACGAUGCCUGUAAUGGACGGGCUUGAAGCUACAAGGCGCAUCAGGAAGUUUGAACGGGCACACAACCUCCCACCCGUGACGGUUAUUGCCAUCACGAGUCUGGGAUCGGCGGGCGCCCGACAGGAGGGCUUCGCAAGCGGAAUGGAUUUAUUCUUGACACGACCAGUGACCAUGACAGAACUGGUCAAAAUAUUGAAACAGAGGAAAUUAGUGGACGAGGCGGCGGAAAAAGAGGUCCUAUCUUAA